AGUAUUUUAAAACUUAAUUUGCUUUCGAUCUUCUUCAUGGAUAUAAAGACCUUGCUGGACAAUCUUCAUGAUGAAGUAUCCUGUUCUGUGUGCAUGUGUACAUUCACUGAUCCAAAGCAGUUGCCUUGUUUGCACAGUUUCUGUCUUCACUGCCUGAACGGAAUUCAACGAACGAGCGGCGUCCAUGGCAAAAUUACAUGCCCUGAGUGUAGGAGACAGUUUCAAACCCCUGGAAGUGGAAAUCCCAGCGAACUUCCCACUAAUUUUCGUAUCAACAGUUUGCUAGAUGUCUUGGCAAUAAAAGAGUGCAGCACAGCUAACGUAAAAUGCGGAAAUUGCAGCAAACGGAGCGUCCAGACCUUAUAUUGCUUCCAGUGUUGUUCUUUCUGGUGCGAGGAAUGUGUUUUAGCACAUAACAUUAUACGCACCAAUAAAGAACACAGAACGCUGGCACUGAAAGAUUUUCAAGAUCAAGACAUCGAGGCCGUGUUAAAGAGACCAGCAUUUUGUCAGAAGAAACGACAUGAAAACAAAGAGUUGGAGUUCUUUUGCAAGGACUGUAAAGUCGCCAUUUGCAACACUUGUGUUGUAACACUUCAUGAAGGUCAUGGUAAGAUGCUUUUGGAAGAAGCUACAGACGCGCGCAAGACUCAGAUCAACUCCAUGACUCAAUCUUUAAUAGAAAAAGCACAAGAAAAACGAAAAGACCUCGAGCGAUUGAACCAAAAGAGCACGGACAUUAAACUGCAAGUUGCCGACUUUAAAAGCCAGGUCCAGACACAUGUAGAUCAAGUUAUUGCAAUCAUCGAAGCGAGGAAACAGGAUGUUUUUGAUGCAGUCGAUAAUCAAGCGAAAAAAGCUCUGGAAUCUCUCUCAAAGAAAAAAGACCAAGUUGAAAAUCAAGUGAAAUUAAUUGAAUCGGCAAUUGAACAAACUAAAGCUCUUGUGAAACGAAGCUUUAGUACUGAAAUCCUUGGAUUCAGUGAAACAUUUGAUGCAAUCCUUCAGGAACAGGGUACCCAAGGAAACCGUGACACUGAAUGUAUUCCUCAGUUUAGUUUUACUAAAAGUGAAAAAUUGAUUAACGUGUUGAACAAUGAAGGGAUAGGUAAUGUAAAAACUGUUUUAAACGAAACUAAAGUGAAACAAUUAGGAGCUAAAGGUAAAGAAAAUAGUAAACUAAUUGCUGGGAAUAAAGGGGCAAAUGUUCGUGACAGUCCUCUUGAGACUCAGGAACAAACCAGGCGUUUCAGAUUCUUGCUGUCAUUUGGACAAAAAGGUGAGUCUGUUGGAAUGCUUAACGACCCCUGGGGGCUGGCAGUGAAUGAUCAUGAUGAAAUUGCUGUGGCAAACGGGAGUAACCACAGGGUUUCACUCUUCAGUAGUGACGGUACCCACUUAAGAUCGUUUGGUAGAAGAGGUAGGAAUAAUGGCGAGUUCCAGAACCCUACAGGGAUCGCUUUUGAUAGUCUUGGCAAUAUUGUAGUGGCAGACUGUUUUAACCACAGGGUGCAAGUCUUUGAUAGGAAUGGUAACUUUCUUAGUAAGUUUGGUGAACAAGGAAGUCUUGAUCACCAACUUAGUAAACCUGAAGGUUUAUCAAUAAACGGUAACGGUGAUAUUAUUGUUGCUGAUAACCGUAACAAAUUAAUCAAGAUAUUCUCUUCUAGAGGGAAGUAUUUACGUAAAUUUGGUGGAGCAGGUUCUUUGGUCAAUCCCUAUCACUGUAUUCAACACGGUCAAUAUUUCAUAGUCUCAGAUUAUGGUGAUCAUUCCAUUAAAAUGUUCGAUCGUGAGGGAAAGUUUAUUUCUAAAUUUGGAAAACAGGGAAACAAGGAUGGAGACUUGAAUGAGCCCUGUUACUUGUCAGUCAGUAAAGAAGGUUUGCUAAUCGUCUGUGAUCAAUGUAAUCACAGAGUUCAGUUAUUUGAACUGAGUGGAAAGUUUGUUACAAAAUUUGGAAGUAAAGGUAGCGGGAGAGGAGAGUUUAGGAAUCCAUUUUCUACAGCAAAUCUUAGUGAUGGAAGAAUAGUUGUGUGUGAUAUGAACAACAACCGAAUCCAGGUAUUUGAGAAUACAUGAAAUAAUCCAGCCUGCGAAUACAACCGUCUUUCCUCGCUGCUCGUCGUUAAGGACCAUUCGCGGGAAACGUCCGCUGCCGCGAAACUUUCUAAUAGCAGCCAGGAGCGAGGAUAGACAGCUUUAUUCACAGCGGGCUAGAGAUAACCGUACCUUUGAUGGAGCAAGACUGGAGAUUCAUUUCACUAUUAUAUAUUGCUCAUUAGAUUCACAGUUCAUGUUUCUGGAGGAAAUCAGUUUUUGUGCGAUUAUCAUUUUGUUUAGACAUUUUGAUAAGCCGAAAUUGGUGUAUUAUGUUCUACUUGUAAAUAUAUUUUAUCCAUAAAUGAUAUGGAUCAGUCCACUGUCGCGUAAAAAUUGAGUUUACGCCGGCACCACCUUCCUUACAUUGCCUCUAUUUUAUUUCCGGGCGUAAAUACAAUGCUUAGAAAGAAAAAACUGCAGCAUAUAUUGAAUUGAUUAGUUCCAAAAAAAGCAAUUAAUUGAGAUAAUUUUCUCUUACAUUGUAAUCUCACAUUAUUACUAAAUAAAUUUGCAAAUACUUCAUAUCUAGAAAUAUUAUACUGUUUAAUAUUUACAUUCAUUUUUGAAAGUGUGAUUUUUGAAUGGGUCUAACCUGUUCAAAAGCGAGGACAGCCUGAGUUGUCAAUUUUGUAAGUAAACGGCUUAUUUUUACUUACCUUUUUUCAGUAGUAACAGACAUACAUAUUUCUCAAAAAGCAAAAUGCUAUUCCAUGUAAAUAACUCAAGUGAAUUAUUUUUUGUCUAAAUAAACAACAGUGUAAAUGCUUUGUUCCUGGUAUUUAAUGUCUCCUAAUAGUCAAAGGCGGAUUUAGUGGGGGGAGUGGGGACGAGGAAGCCGCGACCCCUUUUUUCUUUAAAAUUUUGUAUCAUUUUUAUAGAAUUCUCAGCUUAUAUAGCUGGAAAUUGUCCCGGCCACUCCUUUCUAAAUUUUCUGGAUCCGCUUACCGCUUGGUAACCCGCAGUCCCAGACAAAGGUAGUUGGGAAAGUUGGGGAGCGAUAUAACAAAACAAUUACGCGCACUAACAUUUCAGUUUUUGCACAGCAUUCGGCAUAGACUGCAAAACAGUCGGGAUUUUUUCUAGGUUUAGCGCAGUUAAUUAGCGUAUCUCUCCAGUCUCGCUCCCCGUUUUCAGCCCUAUCUCGCGACUGGCGAUAAUUUAUUAUCUACACAUUUUAAGAUGCAAAUUACGCAAGAACUUGUUUGACAGCUUCAGCCCUCGGCUUCGGCAAAGAAUUGAUCUGCUCGGCGCAGAAAAUGACGAUAUUUUGCUCAACAUCGUCAAAUAAUUGUUAAAUAUUUUUGUUUUUAUUGUGUACGUGCAAUUGAAAAACAUGUUUUUAAACAACUCUAUGGCGUUCUACCCUGUGUAAAACCAGUAGAGCAGGUUACUUUUCUUUUAUCACACUCCACUCAGCAACAAGCUGAAAUUGAACAAACAAGAUUUCUUAUUACUCUGUUUUGUGUAGCGAAUUUAAGUUAGAGAAUAUUUACUCUGGACUAAAUUUUUGCACCAAAUAUGUUUGGGGUGAUUUUUUUUCGGGAGUUUAUUUCUGCCGAUAGCUCGCAAAAUCGCAAAAAUUAGAACGCAAAAAUUUUUUGCAACUUCAUGCAACAGGGUUUCUGAACUAUGUAAGCUAUGUUUAUGUUAGCGGUACGGUUACUCGGCUCAGAACUCGGUUGAUUCUUAUAUGCUCCGUCUUUAUUUUAUACUCACAUGCUCCCAUACCGCAAAGACUGACAAGUACCGCAUGCUCGAUCACUAUGUGCCCUAAUUGCGUAGAAUGAAAGUUUACAACAGUCGACCAGACUCGACCAACUAACCACACCAACCAACUGGCGUUGUUCACUUUAAAUUCGUGAAUAGAUUCACGAAUUUAAAAAGACUCUCUUCGAUGUCUUUGAUUAUAUUAGUAACAACCAGAAGAAGUUAAGAGCAAGACGAAAAUCAGAAGUACAGAUAUCUAAUAAGCGUACGUCUUCUAGCAACGGAUUUUAAGCUGUAUAUACUGAUUGUAAUGUACAAUAACUCGGUCUCCGGACAUAAGUGAAUUCUAAAAACACUUUAUGAGUAGUUCAUACUUUCAUAAGAAUAUUUUGGCUUCUUAGAAAUACGUAUAAGUCAAGGACCUCUGUUUGAUCGGUUAAAACUGUAAAAAAAGGGUGACAAUACAAAAAUCCCGUUCUUUCUUUACCACGGCAUAUAACUAAGUUCGAUCAUCCGGACUGGCAAGUCCAACCUAGACAGUAUUUCACCGAUUGUUUUCGACCUUUUCCAUGGAUAAAAAGACCUUAACCGACAAUCUUCAUGAUGAAGUAUCCUGUUCUGUGUGUAUGUGUACAUUCACUGAUCCAAAGCAGUUGCCUUAGUUUGCACAGCUUCUGUCUUCAUUGCCUCAACGAAUUAACGCGGAGCGGCGUCCAUGGUAAAAUCACAUGCCCGGAAUGCAGGCGAGACAGUUUCAAAACGGACGGUGAUAUAAAGGUCGAAAUUGGGAGUUGUAAUUGGUUUAUUUACUUUCAUAAUUGUAAAAUCUACCAUAUAGUGCUACGUAUAAAUGUCCAAUAGGUUGUGACUAAAGUAAAACAAGAAACAAAUAGUUAACGCAUGUACAGUAUUUUUUACGCAUACUAUAUGCGGUGUUAGGAUUUAAAGUGUUAAAGUCAUCUUCAGUGUUCACCUCACAGUUUUCCUGUGGUUGUAAUUCACCGAGCUGUCUUUGAAUUUCUUCAAAAAAGAGAACUUGGUCGUUUGUCUUGUUUGGUGAAUGAAUAUUAACAAAAACAAACAAAUUUUGUUUGUUAUAUAGCCUUUAUCAGUUGGUCGAAAUAAUCCCGCAUUUAUUGGGCUCCUGCUUACACGAACUUAACGUGUAGAGUCUCAGUGAUGUAAAAUAUAAUUUAAUAGGUUUUAUAAAACAUUUCAGUGGGUUCUUGCUUUGUAAACAGAUGACGAUUCUCAGAAAUAUAGGAUGUUUUUGGUUUCUUCAAAAGGAAGUCAGAAAUCAUAAAUUCGUCAAGUAACUCCGUUUGAUUGGUUGAUGAAAGUAAAGUUCAGUCUGAGUCACAAGACAGUAAUUCUUUCACUUUCCAAGAGCUGGGUAUUUCAAAAUUUAAAUAGUUUUAUUUAAACCAUUUCCCUCCAUGGAUAUAAAGACCUUGCUGGACAAUCUUCAUGAUGAAGUGUCCUGUUCUGUGUGCAUGUGUACAUUCACUGAUCCAAAGCAGUUGCCUUGUUUGCACAGUUUCUGUCUUCACUGCCUGAACAGAAUUCAACGAACGAGCGGCGUCCAUGGCAAAAUUACAUGCCCCGAGUGCAGGAGACAGUUUCAAAUUCCUGGAAGUGGAAAUCCCAGCGAACUUCCCACCAAUUUUCGCAUCAACAGUUUGCUAGAUGUCUUGGCAAUAAAAGAGUGCAGCACAGCUAACGUGAAAUGCGGAAAUUGCAACAAACGGAGUGCCCAGACCUUAUGUUGCUUCCAGUGUUGUUCUUUCUGGUGCGAGGAAUGUAUUUUAGCACAUAACAUUAUACGCAUCAAUAAAGAACACAGAACGCUGGCACUGAUAGAUUUUCAAGAUCAGGACAUCGAGGCCGUGUUAAAGAGACCGGCAUUUUGUCAGAAGAAACGACAUGAAAACAAAGAGUUGGAGUUCUUUUGCAAGGACUGUAAAGUCGCCAUUUGCAACACUUGUGUUGUAACACUCCAUGAAGGUCAUGGUAAGAUGCUUUUGGAAGAAGCUACAGACGCGCGCAAGACUCAGAUCAACUCCAUGACUCAAUCUUUAAAAGAAAAAGCACAAGAAAAACGAAAAGACCUCGAGCAAUUGAACCAAAAGCGCACGGACAUUAAACUGCAAGUUGUCGACUUUAAAAGCCAAGUGCAGACACAUGUGGAUCAAGUUAUUGCAAUCAUCCAAGCGAGGAAACAAGAUGUUUUUGAUACAGUCGAUAAUCAAGCGAAAAAAUCACUGAAAUCUCUCUCAGAGAAAAAAGAUGAAGUUGAAAAUCAAGUGAAAUUAAUUGAAUCGGCAAUUGAACAAACUAAAGCUCUUGUGAAACGAAGCUUUAGUGCUGAAAUCCUUGGAUUCAGUGAAACAUUUGAUACAAUCCUUCAGGAACAGGGCACCCAAGGAAACCGUGACACUGAAUGCAUUCCUCGGUUUGGUUUUAAUAAAAGUGAAAAACUGAUUAACGAGUUGAACAGUGAAGGGAUAGGUAAGGUAAAAAUUGUUUUCAGCGAAACUAAAGCACAACAAUCAUUAGCUAAAGGUAAAGAAAGUAGUAAAGUAAUUGGUGGGAAUAAAGGGGCAAAUGUUCGUGACAGUCCUUUUGAGACUCAGGUACAAAGCAGGAGUUACAGAUCUGUGCUGUCAUUUGAACAAAACGGUGAGUCUGUUGGAAUGCUUAACUAUCCCUGGGGGGUAGCAGUGAAUGAUCAGGAUGAAAUUGCUGUGACUGAACGCUGGAACCACAGUGUUUCAGUGUUUAGUAGUGACGGUACCCACUUAAGAUCGUUUGGUAGACACGGUAAUAAUAAUGGUGCGUUCCAGUGCCCUAGAGGGAUCACUUUUGAUAGUCAUGGCAAUAUUGUAGUGGCAGACUCUGGUAACCACAGGGUGCAAGUCUUUGAUAGGAAUGGUAACUUUCUUAGUAAGUUUGCUGAACAAGGAAGUCUUGAUAAUCAGCUUAAAUGCCCUCACGGCUUAUCAAUAAACGGUAACGGUGAUAUCAUUGUUGCUGAUACCGGUAACCAAUUAAUCAAGAUAUUCUCCUCUAGUCGCAACUAUUUGCGUAAGUUUGGUGGAGCAGGUUCUUUGGUCUACCCCUACCACUGUAUCCAACACGGUCAAUAUUUUAUAGUCUCUGAUGCCGGUGAUCAUUCCAUCAAGAUGUUUGAUUUUGAGGGAAAAUUUAUUUCUAAAUUUGCAAAACAUGGGAACAAGGAUGGAGAUUUCAAUCAGCUCCGUUUCUUGUCAGUUAGCAAAGAAGGAUUGCUAAUGGUCUGUGAUUCACAAAAUCACAGAGUUCAAGUAUUUGAACUGAGUGGAAAGUUUGUUACAAAAUUUGGAAGUGAAGGUAGCGGGAGAGGAGAGUUGAAGAAUCCAUUUUCUACAGCAAUUCUUAGUGAUGGAAGAAUAGUUGUGUGUGAAUUUAAUAACAAUCGAAUCCAGGUAUUUGAGCAUACAUGA